AUUGCCCAUUUUAUAACUAAAUAUUUUUCCUUUUUAUGUUUCAUAUUUAUCACUUCCUUACUCAUAAACUCACUUCCUGAUAAUGUAGUUGAAGACCAAACUACAGCAAACGCGGUAGUGAUAAUCUUUUCCGAUUCAAACUGCAGCCGUAAGUUAUUCGCCGUGUUAAUUCGAUAAACUUAUAUCGGACACCAUGUUCGAAGAAUCUGAAAACGUGACGCUUGGAUAUCUGUGAGUAGAGUAAUAUAAAAGCAGCCGAGCUUCUCCCAGAGAAUUAAGUUCCAAGUUCCCUACAAAGUUUCACCAUGUUGCGGUUCGUUGUGCUAUUCUCACUCUUGGCUGUCAGUCAGCAAUCUCCUUUACUGGGGAAUCUUCUCAAUCUCAAUCUAGACGCCUUACUCAACCUCGAUCUCAGUCCUGUAUUGGCCCUUCUUGGAAAAAUAAACCUGGACGUGGACCUAUUGUCAAGCGUAACAAACCCCGCGGACCUUCUCAAACGAUUAGAACAAAUCAAUUCUCAGGCAGAUGCAGCCCUCGAAAAUUGUUUAGCCAACUUGUAUGACGUCCAGUUGCUGGGCGACCCAUCUGCAUUAACUGCUGCCUUGAAUGAUUACUUGGAUUUGAACAAAAAUGUUGCAGAAGUUAAGAAACUGUAUCAGUCACUUAGUACAGCGAACUAGGGAACCAACCAGCCAACUGAUCACUCAACGCCCAAGGCUGUCGGUAAAUUGACGUUUUCGCCGAUAUCGAGUCGGCAUUACACGUCAACUCCAUUACAGCUAUUGUGAAAAGCUUUGAAAUUUAUUUAACGAAUUUACAUCUGCCUUCAUCAGAGAUGUUGCCUAAAUACUUACGACCAAUUGGAGGAUUUAUUAUUGAUUUUACUAUUCUAUCGGAAAAUAUGAAAGGAAUGCCUCGACCUGGAAAAACUCUUAUGUAACGAUUCUAAAAACUUAUGUUACUUAUAUUUGUAAAAUACGUUCACUUAACUGGUAAUAAGUAAAAUGUGUAUGAUCAUAA